AUGUAAAGCUCCUCAAAUCCUCUCAAUCUCAAGUUUUUUUUCAUUUUCAGUGCAAUGAUAUGAAGAUUAAGAUGGUGUAGUGAGUAAAUUUAAUAUAUGGAAUACCUGCAGAAUGUGUUUGUUUUUCUUCUUUGUUUUUUCUGGUAUUAAUUUAUAAUUUUUCUCGUUUUCAUUUGUACGCUGCUCCAUGUGAAUAUUUGGAUCAAUUCCAGAGGUGGAGUUUCUCUCCUACUCUCAUUUCAUCAAUAGCUGAAAAAGUAAGACUACUAGUUCAAAAUGACAUCAAACGCCAUGCGUCAGCUAGAAGAAAGACAUGUUGCUUCUAAGGUGGAGUGUAUGGUGUGGUCCGCCAAAAUGGAUUUGCUGGCCUUGUCCAACUCCAAAGGUGAAGUUGCAUUGCAUAGACUGACAUGGCAACGAGUAUGGUCCUUGGCUCCGCCAGCAGAAGAUGUCAAAGUUACCAGUAUUGCCUGGAGACCUGAUGGCAAGUUGAUAGCAAUUACCUAUCAAAACUGUGAAGUAUUCCUAGUGGAUGUUGAAAACAAGGAAGUAGUACAUAAGCAUGUUCUUCCAGCUGUUGCCAAUUUCUUGGUUUGGUCCUCAGAGCAAGAAUCAACAGACACUACCUCCAACAGCACGCAGGACUUGUUUUCGGAUUAUGUACCCAAACUUCCAUCUCUCUCUCGCAGUAACUUUGGUUCUACCACUGAGCGUUCAGGUGAAAAUAUUGAAGAUUCAAAAAAAAUCAAAGACCAACACCAGCUGAAUUUCCUGUUGAUAGGCCUGGAAAAUGGGCUGCUUUUCCUCAGUGUAUUUGGUCUAUUCCCAUGCGGGACAAUCAACACCACCAACAUAUUCGGCCAGAACAACCAAGUCUCUAUCGUAGCAGCUGAGAUAUCCCAGAAUCUCAAGACUUUGUACAUUGUGGCCAGUAUAAAAGAAAACAAUGCUUAUAAUCUAAAGGUUGCUUGUUAUGACUCUGAGAUUCUAGCAUCACGUGCUAAAGAGCUUCAUACUCUAGCAUUAAAAUAUGGUCACAUCAUCAGUUUACAAGAUUAUUUAACAAGCACCAUGAACUCAAUAACUGAGUCGUGGGAAAACAUUCUGCUUUCAGAAAUGGAGCUAAAAUUUCAAACAUAUGCCGAGCAGGAUCCACAAAGCUCAAUCUCUGCAGAGCUUCUGGAGCUGCUAAUGUUCGGUACGUUUUCUGAACAAUUGGAAAGAUUUCUGUUGAACGAUUUGACGGAAAAAGGAAUAAAAAAGCUGGGCCACUCCAUUGAGCUAAGUCAUUCUAAUAUACAAAAGUUAAUAUUGAAACACAUUCAUACUGUCGGACAAAGUCUGGCUUUUCAUUUGGCUGAACUUAAAGGCAUGGCACUCUUAAAAGAUAGAUUCAGUAGUCUUGGACUAGACCAAAGGGCAGUGUCCAAUGCUUUUGUAGCAGCUGGUUCUUUUCUUGUCAAAGCCACGGAAGUUCAACUAGUCAUUGAUGAUUCAAUGAAGAUAUACAAAGCAUUUUUCCGGUGGUUGUAUGCAGUUAUCUUGCAUUUAAUUGAUGAAAGAAUCCCUGAUCUCACAUUAACGGAUGUUAAUCAGCAAGAUUUAUCCUUCAUUGCAGACUACUUGUAUUCUUUGGGAGAUUUCCAGCCUACCAAAACAGAUAGGGAAUCAACUGUGCCCAAAAGUAGAUGCAGUCUAGACCGAUUAGGUCAGUACCUGGUUGAUAAACCAUUGACUCAGACUUACGACUCCAAAAAAAAUUCAUGGGAAAUGUUCCUCGCUGCAAAUCCCUGUCUUGCGGAACAUCCCACAAUCAUUCCACGUCAAGAAAAUUUCUCACUAGUCCAACAGCACAAGCAUUUUGAAGAAGCAAUUAAAGCAGUUUUUGAUAGGCCAAGUAGUAGCAUUAGCUCGUUAUUCAGUAUAAGCAAGGUCAUUGAUGUGUCAACGGUCCAGCAACUGUCAAAGUUCUCCUUAAUUCACCUGCACGAUGAGUCAAAUUUACUUGUAGCAUUUUUGAAGUCAGAUUUAAAGCACUUUUACUUCAUGAAAAUUCCUAGUGAAAAAGACAAGAAGCCACAAGGAGUCUGUGUUUUCUUUAACUCAACUGAUGCGACAGCAAAGCUCAAGAUUUUAGAUGUACAGUUUUACUUACCGGAGACUCUGUCAGUAUUAGUUGAAAAUAACAAUGAAAGCAGGAAUGCUAUUUUCGUUCAGUUCCCAACAAAACUGCUUUUAGAAUACUCCUCUGUUGUGUUAAACUUUCAGCAGAUUCCAACCAUUGCAGCCAACUCAGUUUUAGAACAGUCAUCCUUCCGGCCAAUUGAGAAUUUAGUAGCUUCACGAUUUGCGGUCAGCGGAAGUCGGAAAGUUGCAGUGAUAUUAUCAGAAAGUCUGAGGAAAGUGCGGCUUUUUGAAAUGGAAGUGGAGGAUGAGGAGGAAGAUGAAGAUAAUUUAAGAGAAAGUGAUCAGAGUACUUUAGAUCACAGCAAGAACUCAACACUUGAUGAUUAAAAGUAAAAUAAUACAUUUUUAAGUUCUUACAGAAGAAUCUUUUGCAUAUACAGAAACGUUCCUAGAGGUAGCAAUUUUGAUGUAAACAUUUAAUUUAUUUUAAACAAACAACUUCAUUAGUCUUUAAAGACCAGGAGAUAGCCCUGCAAUGCCUCCCAAUAUUGUUUGGAUGUAUGAAAUUUUUAGAAAAGAUGUCUUAGAUCAAGCACGAUCCACUUGCUAAAUUUUGAGAGAAUCCAUAGGGGGAAGGAAAGGGGCAAGAAUGGGAUGUAAUGAAUUGAGUUUUUUUGUACAGUUUGUUAGGAUUUCCAUCGGCUGUGUGUACAGGAUUUAUAUUCAUUUGUAAAUACAUGUACCUAUGAACUCAAAUAAUUGUAAAUACAUAUGAUGGAAAAAUUUAA